CCCGGGUGUACUCAAAGCAAGUCAAGCUUUGUGAUGGACUGACAGGCCAUCACACAAGGCACCAGAAUUACCCUGCACUCGAUGAUCGUGGUUAAAUAGAAGACUACACCAUGCCCACCCUCCCAUUCCUCGGCAUCAGCACAUCCCAACGGUCUCGGGCUUACCAAAAUGGGCCUCGUAAAAGUCCUCCUCAAAGCAAUCCUCAUCCCUCUCGCCCUAUUUGCCCUCAUCAUCGGCAUCGCUAUCUACAUGUUCAUCCGUCAUCGAAACCGCAAGAAGGAAGACAAAGCGCUUGAGAGUUCCCAAUACGGGUUCCAACCACCUCCGAUCACACAAUGGGGGACUGGGCCGCAGCCGUCGUCGCCGUUUGCUCCGGUUCAGAAGCCGGAGGCUGUUGUUUAUCCGGUGCAGUAUCCGACGCAGUAUCCGACGCAGUAUUCGGUUGAUGCGGGGAGGCAGGUUUGAUGAUAUAAGAGAAUUCGCGUUUCUUGAUUUAAUUUUCGCUCGUUUGGAGUUGGAGUGUGCCUCGUUAUUUUAGCCUCUUGGUCUUUUUUAUUUUUAUUUUUGCCAAUUUUCACCCUAUAUCAAGAUACAAAAGAGUCGAUGACAGUAAUUGAGAUACAAUUAAAAAAAAAACAGCC